AUGCAGUUCUUAUCCAUGUUUCUCUUUCUAGUUGGGGCGCCAAUCGUCUCGGCCUUUACGUUUUUCCCUACUGGUGCCGGUAUCAGUUCUCAUAGUUCCUCCUCGUCAAACAGCAUGAUGCUUUUUAGCGUCACCGAUCUCAAAGCCGAUUUAAAGCUGAACCCCACAGGAACCUACCUUCUGGACGUCCGUGAAGCCGCGCAGUGGGCCGAAGGUCACCUUGCUUCGGCUAGCCCGAAUCCUCUAUCCCAGUUGAAGACUGGCAAAUGGAUGGAUAAUGCAACCGGGAAGUUUGCUCCGGGUUCUUUUCCUAUUGAUCGCUUGACAGGUGUUGGUAUCAUGAUGAACAGAAAGAUUUAUGUACAUGGUGAAGAGGGAGGAACAGCGAAAGAAGCUACAGAGUUGCUCGGGCGGAUGGGGUAUAAGGACGUCACUGCACUUGAAGAGACAUUUGAUCAGCUUGCUGCAGCAGAAAUUUGCGAUGUUGUGAUGGGAGAAGUCCAGGAUCUAACGGAUGGAUGA